AUGCGCAAGCCGUCUCCCGCAACCAUAGAGCAGGCUCGGGAGCACACGACAUCCGCGAGCAUCACCAGCUGGACGAGCAUCAAAGAGAAGGUUCUCGACCUCAACGACCCGACCGCCUUCCCUGCGUUUGGCAAGAGCGGCGGCGUGGGAGAGGUCGGCGGGAAUGAGCGGGCCCGAGUAAACUGCGACGGAAAAAAUAAGUGGGCUGUCGUGGAGGCGCCGACCGGAGGGCAGAGCACGGCCUUUGUCUACGAAGAUUGGGCCGACCUUGGCCGUUCUGACAUCGCGGCACCGCUGCCGUGGGCGCUGGCGUCUCGAUGCGUACACAUCGCGGGCGGCAUCGGAUCAAACGGCGGCGUGCUCGCUGUCCAGCUGGGAGAGGGCGACGCGGCAUCCGCCGUCUGCGUCAAGCAGUUUGACGCCAAGAAGGUGAGGCCGGACAUGGAGAUGCUCGCCGCUCACCUCUUGCGCGCGGCGCGGGUCCGCGCGCCGUUGGCGCGGUACGCCACGCAGGCCGAGAUCGACGACGAGAUUGCGCCGGCCGUCGGAAAAGCCUACUUCGAGGGCGGCGGGUCGUGGGCGUGUCCGCGGCUCUGCAUGCAGGCCAUGUUCGAGCAGCCUGCCAUUGUCGCCAAGCUGGGCCUCCCAGACAAGCUGGUGGACGAGUGGCGCGACAAGUGGCAGGCCGAGCGCGCGCAAAAGCGCGUCGCGAUCGAGGCGGGCGAGGAGCGCGCGGAGGCGAUCGCUGUGAUUGAGUUUGUGCGAGGGCCGACCCUGCUGCAGGGCGGAGGGGGGGCGCUCGGCGAGGCGGAGUACGAGGCGCUGGGGCGGCUGGCCGCAUUCGACGUGCUGCUCAACAACUUUGACCGCCUGCCGGUGCUGUUUGACAAUGAGGGCAACCUCGCCAACGUCAUGCUCGAGCGGCGGGAGGGCGGCGGCGUCACCUGCUGCGCGAUCGACUCGUGCGUCAACCCGCUGCGAGGCGCGGCGCGGGAAAAGUACCUCCGGCGGCUGCGCUCCGAGGCACCGGAGCCGGACCUGGCGCAGGCGGCAGCGGCCCUCGCCGCCGCGGCGGGAGGUGCCGCGCUGGCCGGUGCGGACCGCGACGAGCUCGACGCGGCGGCGGGGUUCGUCACGGAGGCGGCCGCGGCGAUCGCAGGCGUCGUCGCCGGGGCGGGGAGUGCUGCAGCCGGAGAGGAGGGCAGGCGCCAUGUGUGA